UUGAGUAGUCUGGGAACAUGACCAAACUUCAAAAUGGCGGCGCCCAUGAACAACAAGCCAGGCGAUUCAUCGGACAAUUCUGACGCAAAAUGCGCCAGCUGUGGCGAGUGCCAGAAGGUCAUGAAACGUUGUACUCGCUGUAGAAGCACUGUUUAUUGCUCAAGAGAUUGCCAAAUUAUAGACUGGCCAAGACACGAGGCGGUUUGCUCCAAAUUGGCAUCAUUCUGUGCCAAAGGACAGGAGACUGAUCAUGAUACUGCAACCAACAGCUCUACUCAUUCUCUCACUGAAAGGAUACAAGAUUCUCUGAAUAUCAGAGACACUGCACAGACAGCAAAUCAAGACCAACCAGACGCAAUGUUGCACACGUCCGAACCUUUGAAAAAAUCUACACCUUGCCAAGAACCAACUUACAGGAUCACUGUUAAAUGCCAAAGAGACAAGCAUCAAAUUCAUGUUAACUCGGAGUGGGAGGCUUCCAGAAUGUUAUCCCACAUUAGCGAGGAAAUCCGAAUUCCCAUGGACAAGCUGAAACUGGUGCACAAAGGGAAGCUUGUGAACAAGCAGAACGCGAAGGACUUUGUGAAAGACAAGGCCGUUUUUCAAGCCAUUGGUGAAAUGUCGGAGAGUGAGGAAGGCUUGGAUCCAUCUCAAAUUGACCGCAUUAUGUCUAAGAUCAGAGUGGAAAGAAAUGAAGCCAUCCGAGCCCUAAGACUCAAGGGUGAUGUCAUAGAUGCAAUACUGUACCUUGGGAACAAAUAAGAUUUACCACAGGUAAACACAGGAAAAAUAACAGUGUAGCGAAUCUAUAGACAUUAAUGGUUGCUACAGGUACACAUGUAGCAUGAUGGGGAUAGAGGAUGCGGUUGCCAAGCAACGUUGCUGCAUCCCUCAGUCAUUAUAGGAAAGCAGUAUUAACAAUAACAUGGAAACAGCAUCCUAGAAAACUCCUUCAUGCAACCUGUUUGUGUAUGCAUUUGGUGUGACCAAAUACCACAUAAAAGUAAAACUCAACUGUGUUCAUUUUGUUAAAAUAAUAAACUGUACAUGUGUAUACUCACCACCAACUGCUGCAAAAUACCUGGUUUUGACUGUACCCUGAUAGAAACUCUCCAAAGAUGGAAAAAUCAGAUUGCAUAUUUACACUUUUUGUCCAUGUUUUGUUUUACUUCAUUCUUAUGAAUUUAACUUAUUCAAGACAAAAUUUAACUUGUAAAAUUUCCACAAAUACUUUACAGAAGAACCAUCCCAUCUAAUAAGUACCCAAACCCAACCUGUAAUAGAAACUUGUACAGGAAACAUGACAAGAAGUCAAUUUCCCAGGACAUCUGUUUGAAUUGAUUCUUGUACUAAAUAUUCUCUGCUGUAAUCCAUACUUUGUAAACAUUUAAACAAGGCCCGUUGUUAUACUACUUGGCCGAUGCUGCUCAAGUUCCCAUAAAACUCUUCACACUUCAGGCGAACUAAAUCAAACACAUGAAUAAUGCAGGGUAAACAUUUGGAGGAGGGUGGUGUGAAAUCUCUCAUCUCAAUUGCAGAGGUCCACUUUUUGUCAGUUUGUCGUGGGUACUAGUUCGGGUCGUAUCUAACUACUGGGAGCUGGAGAAACCUUAAAGGAAUACGUAGUUAAGCAUGGAUGAG